GAAACGCAAGUCGGAGAGGGAGUGAGAGGGACGAAAAAGAAGAAGAAAAAAAAGUAGAGGGGAGGAAAAGAGAAACAGGAGUACUCGGAAAACCCUAAUUAUUUUUCUCUUUUCUCCCCUCUUCGGAUCCCUAUUGUGGAGUCCCUUCUCCAAGAAGAAAAGUUUGUGAUUCGCCUUCGUCUUCUCGAUUCUGUAAGGAGAAUUUCUCCUCGGAAAAGAAGCGAUUAGGGUUUCCGCAACGAAUUCAAUAUGCACAAAUUGGGUAGAGGAAACAGGGAUAAAGUCCAGCAGUUCAUAGCAAUCAGUGGUACCAGUGAGAAGGUCGCUGUUCAGUUACUUAAAGCUUGUGAUUGGCAACUAGAGAGGGCUUUUGAUGCGUUCUUUAGCCAACCGCAGAUUCGAGCAGUGACGGAUUCUAGACGUCUUGAAGAGCUUUAUAAUAGAUAUAAAGACCCUUAUGUUGACAUGAUUACGGUGGAUGGCAUAUCUCUUCUCUGCGAAGAUUUGCAGGUGGAUCCACAAGAUAUCGUUAUGUUGGUUAUAUCUUGGCAUAUGAAAGCAGCUAUAAUGUGUGAAUUCUCACGACAAGAGUUUAUUGGUGGGCUUCAAUCACUUGGGAUAGAUUCAAUUGAGAAGUUCCGUGAAAAAUUGCCAGCUUUGCGUGCUGAGCUGAAAGAUGAACAAAAAUUUCAUGAGAUUUACAACUUCGCAUUCAGUUGGGCCAAGGAAAAGGGUCAAAAGUCUCUGCAAUUGGAUACCGCUAUUGGCAUGUGGCAGUUGCUGUUUGCAGAAAAGCAUUGGCCUUUUGUUGAUUAUUGGUGCCAAUUUUUACAGGCCAAGCAUAACAAAGCAAUCUCCAGGGACACUUGGUCUCAGUUACUGGAAUUUGUCAAGACAAUGGAUCCUCAACUGUCCAAUUAUGAGGAGGACAGUGCAUGGCCUUAUUUAAUUGAUGAAUUCGUGGAAUACUUGACUGAGAAUGGAAUAGUCCCCUCCAGAAAGUGAACUCACUUUGGGCCAUUGGCUUUCGGUUAUCUGUGACAGUAGACCGCCGGGAAAAAAAAAAAAAAAGAAAAAGAGAAGGAAAACUUUCAAUUUCUCUGCAAUUUUUGUUAUUGAUUGUUGAUCUCAUUUACGUUCUCAGACGACCAAAAAUUUAGUCUGACAGUUAAGGCACAUUAUUGGAAAAAACUCUUACUCAUUUCUUUUGUUUUACUUUGC